CGCGAGACAGUCUGCGUUCGACGCUGCAUGGCAGACACUGUGCAGUCUUGCAAGUAUUUACGUUUAAUUUCGCCGCAUAGUCCCUGUAAUAUACCGUCGUAGGAGUCACGAUGGGACUAUGCAGGCGGUGGAAUUGUUACUUGACCAUCUGAGAUUGCGACAAAAUACAGUGCAUGUUUAGAAGACUGAAAUUCUGAAUCGCAGACAAGGCGGAGCUUGUGAGAAAAGUAAAAAAACGGAGGCAGCCAUGUUGAAAUUGGGUUGAGAUGUCUCGUUCACCGACACCGCAUAUCGACUUAUUUUCAACAGCUGCAAUGUAAGUGGAUGAGUAGUAAAGACGCAUCAGGAGUUCAACAAAAGUAUUGAUGAUGUGGCUGAUCAAGGUUCUUCUUAUUUGCUCCAUACUUGGCUUAGGGGCGGCCGGGAAACAGGACGAAGUGUACACAUUCUGCGCCUACUGGGACGAGAACCCGGAUGUGCUGAACACGAAUGGCGUCGAUGAUUCCAUCGAUGAUUCCGGAGAAGCCAUGGCAACCUUGGAGGAGGGCCUUGCUCUCAAAGAGGCUGACAACUUCGGUGAAGUUGCAGGCAUCAAGAUACCUAAUCAGGACAUCGUGCGCUGUGAGUCGGGCACGCACUACUGCUACACGCUGUGGCACCUCGACCCUAAAAAUGACACGCUCAUCGCUGUCCUCAAGCAAGGUUGCUGGACGUACAACGCCAUGGAACCGUGCACGAAGGACACCUGCAUCUCGAAGACGGCGGCGAAUCGCUACGGCAUCGACAAGACGAAGUUCUGCUGUUGCGUAGGGCAUAUGUGUAACAGGAACUACUCUGAUGGCUAUGUGCCAGAUGCCUCUACGUCUCAGCCUGUCAUCACAAACACAGGGAGAAGCCGGCAUAGCUAUAGAGAGAGGACCAUCAUCAUAGCACUGAGCACUGUGGUUGGUGUUGCCAUCUUCAUCGCUGUCGCCUAUCUAGUUUGUAGGUUAUUUAUGAUGUACAGAAAGAGACAGCCUGAUGGCUUGAACUUGAUGGAGGCACCCUCUUCUGGCGCAGCGCCGAAUUUCGACCUUGAUGAAUUGAAGCUAACAGAGUUGUUGGAUAGGGGAAGGUACGGCCAGGUGUGGAAGGGCACGCUCUACGACCAUGAUGUUGCCAUCAAGGUAUUCGGAGCCCAUAACCGGCAUUACUUCCACAACGAGCGUGACGUGUACUCGCUGCCGCACAUGGAGCACGACAGCUUACUACAUUACAUCGGUGCUGACGAGUGCAAGACUGCAGACGGCGGCAGCAUCGAAUACCGACUGGUGCUCAGCUACAUUGCCACGGGCAACCUGCACAACCACCUAAAGAACAACGUCCUCAACUGGUCGGAGUUUGUUCGCAUAGCACUCAGCGUUAGCUCUGGUCUCGCCCACCUGCACCAGGACAUUCUAAAAGAAGAUGUGCACAAACCUCCCAUUGCUCAUCGCGACAUCAACACUCGCAACAUUCUAGUCCAGCCCGAUGGGACGUGCGUCAUCUGUGACCUGGGCUUCGCCAUUAGAACCAGCGGUUCCAAGCUCAUCCACAGCGGCUGGACGGACAACGCCGAGCAGGUCUCUCUCGUGGACGUGGGAACGGUUCGUUACAUGGCACCAGAGAUCCUAGAGGGUGCUGUGAACCUUCGCGACUGCGAAUCGUCCCUGAAGCAGAUUGACGUGUAUGCCUUGGGACUGGUGCUAUGGGAAACGGGCAUGCGUUGCUCUGAUCUCUUCCAGGGCUUAGAGCUGCCAGAGUAUCAACUGCCAUUCCAGGAGGAGGUUGGUCCACAUCCGUCGUUUGAAGACAUGCAGGAUGUCGUGUGCCGAAACAAGUGGCGCCCGCGAUUUCCCGAUGUCUGGAAAGACACUAACCAGGCAAUCAGAUCUCUGAAGGAGACCAUUGAGGACUGCUGGGACCAGGAUGCUGAGGCCCGGCUGACUGCCCUCUGCGUGCAAGAGCGCAUGCUAGACCUGCCCAUCCUAUGGGAGCGCCAGAAGAUGAAGGGGAUUAGCCCUUCAGUGAAUCCCCAACAGCUGAGAAACCCAAGCUCAUCGACAGGCCCAGACUCACCUGACUACAGUGAACCCACAGAUAGGAAUGGCAACAACGUCGAUCAGCGUGAAACCGAUGAACCACACGAGACUCAUGCUUUGCUACCCUCUGGAAGCGGAAGAUACCAGCGGUACCACAAUGACGCAUCCAUCUCCGAAAGUACCGCGGAAACCAUUGUGAUGUCGCCUAGCGAAUCGGAGCCACCUCCGAGGCCAACGAAAGGUAAUGUCAACCAGUUUAUGGUACAGCAGAAGCAGGCAAAGGUGGAACCGCACCAGGGACGCAAUCCGUGCCUAGAGCGCAACAUUAACACAGAGGAGGAGCGUCCUCUAGCUGUCAGAGGCAACACUCUCAUUGAUAAGGACAAGGUGGGUAAGGCUCCGUCGAACACAGGUGGCGAUACUAUGUUUGACAGCCUAACGGACAAUCUGCAGACAGCGUUGGUGCAAAACGAAUCGCUACCCAUACAGGAGCGAUCAAACCAACAGGUGGCGCCACAGAACGAUGCGCUUCCGCCACGAGAACGUCCAAACUACACGGCGGCGCCGAUCCCGUACGUGCAGAACGCCGUCAGAGACGGCGGCAUCGCAAAGUGUCCGAAACAAGAGAACGUGCCCGGCAACGGCACGCACAGGAACUUGGCGAUGCCAGCCGGCGCGGCGGGCCCUGCGGCCGGUCCGCAUCGCGUCGCCGGCGCCUCGCCGUCGUCGUCUGCCAAGCGCGACGACAAGAAGAAGGACAAGAAGUCGAAGGGAGGCCUCAUGUCGCUGUUUGACAGGAAGCUGUUCUCACACGGGAGCAACCUAGCCAAGCCGGCGCCGCCUCCGGCUGCCGCUGGGGGUCACCACCAGAGGGCGAGUUCUGAUAGCAGCAGCGGCGGGCAGAGGUUGCAGGGCGAGGGUGGCCACCAGCGGUCCGGCUCGGACAGCGGCAACGCCGCGCCGGUCAACACGGAGGUGAGACUCGUCAACGGAAACGCUCACACGGUCGUGAACAACAUUUUUCCCGGUGACUCGGCCGUCGGUGGCGGUGUCGGCGGCAGGGUGGUUGGGCGGGCGGAGCUGGGCGUGGCGUCGAAGCGCGAGCUGGCCGCCGCGCCGGAGCAGCUGGCGCUCGUCUGCAGCAGCCGCGCGGAUACUGACGAGCGUGCGCCGCGACCCAGCAUGCUGCCCAUAGAGGGCGCCACCGGAGAGACGUCAGGCGAGCCAGCAGAGCCGAGCUUCCCCGGCGACGGCGGGCAGGCGCUCGCGGUGAGGCCUGAGAGCUCGCUGAGCGACGACGAGAUGAUCGACCUCGCUCGGACACGGAACGGCGACGUUGCGACACGGAAUGACCUCGCGCCGACAUGGAACGGCGACAUCGCAACACGAAACGACCUUGCGCCGACACGGAACGGCGACGUCGCGACACGGAACGACCUCGCGCCGAUGUGGAACGGCGACGUGUCACCGGCGUGGAACGACCGCGGCUCGAAGCGGGACGACCUCGCGCCGAACUCUUGGAAUGGGUGCCUGCCGUCGAGGAGCGGGGCGACGACGGCAGCGCGCGCCGAACCACCGACGACGAUUCACGAGCAGCAGCCGCCGCCGCCGGCGCUGAACAACGUGGCGGGGUCGGCCGGCAGGCAUCCGAAACCCGUCAACGGCCUCAUCAUGAACGGCCCGCAGCCGCCGCCGCUAACGUCGAUCACACACGGCGCCGUCGGCAAGGUGCCGAACGGUGUCGCACCCACCGGCGCUACCCAGCAGCUGCCGAACAACCUGACGGCUGGCCGGGCGAAGGGCGUCGCGAACGGCAAUCUCGUGCAGAGCUCGCCCGAGAUCCCCUACAGCGUGUCAGUGUUGUAGCCUGGCGGCCGCCGCCGCCGCCGCGCAGGCAGAGCAGGGCGGGUGUUAGCAAUGAGGAGUGACUUCUGUUAAUCGCUACUGCAUUUACUGUUUCGUUAAAUGUUUUAAAUACAAACGCAGACAGUCUGUCGGACAAACACACGCACAUACACGCACGUGCACACGUGCUCAGGUGCGCCUGCACACACACACAUACA